CGUUUCAUGUCACAUGAUGAUAAAAUGGUAGACGGCCCUGGUGCGAUAAACAUGAUAAAUCUCUAACAAGUUUGUUGCCGUAUUUAACAAGUUUCUUCAAAUAUGGCGGUUUUCACACCAUUUGUUUCAUCACUGGCUGUCUUUCUGACAUUAUUUGUUAUUGUAUCAUCACAGUUUCCACCCUAUGAAGAAAUUUGCGUCCAUGAUAAGUAUCCUCCACCAGCAAAGGACAAGGUUCCAACAGAAGUAGUCAACUUGGAUCUCCCUCCAAUAGAGCGAUGGCAAAAUGUGAUGAAAGACAAAGGCCCUGCUGUACAAGGUUUAUUGAAAGCGUUUAUCCUCUUCAUAUCUGACUUUUUCGGAGAAGCAACAACAAAUGAAAUUCUCCGUCUGGUCAAUAUAUUUGUGGGAGCUUUGGAUGAUACUCUUCCGCCUCCAUUUCCCGAUGAACUCAGAGGCAUAGCAAAAGCUACGGGUAUACCUCUAGGUGAAGUGGUGCUAUACAAUAUAUUCUAUGAAGUGUUUACUGUUUGUACGUCUGUGAUAGCUGAAGAUCCCCACGGCAGAUUGCAUCAUGCAAGAAACUUGGAUUUUGGCCUCUUCCUUGGCUGGGACCAGAAGACUCACGCUUGGAACAUCACCACGGCCCUCCGGCCUGCUGUCGUUAACCUUGACUGGCAAAGAGGAGGGAAGACUGUCUUCAAAUCAGUCAACUUCGCCGGAUAUGUCGGCAUUUUGACAGCCAUGAAACCGCAACUCUUCACACUGACGAUGAAUGAGCGGUUUAACAUCAAGGGUGGUUACAUCGGCAUAAUCAACUGGAUUUUGGGCGAUCGGAAAUCACGCUGGAUGGGCUUUCUGACCCGUUUGGUCAUGGAGACCGCUAAAGGUUACGAAGAGGCCAAAGAACUCCUCUCCAACGAGCCCAUGUUAGCUCCCGCGUAUUUCAUCCUCGGAGGCAAUUCAUCUGGACAGGGUUGUGUGAUCACGCGUAGCAGCGCUAAGGCCAUUGAUGUGUGGGAGAUGAAGCGGACAGGUCAUCCUUGGUUCAUCCUGGAGACAAACUAUGACCACUGGGAGGCGCCGUUGUUUCUCGAUGAUCGACGUACUCCAGCCAACAAGUGCAUGGCCAAUAUGACACAAGCAAAUGUUGGCUUCCCUGGAAUAUACAAUGUGCUGUCUUCCAAACCAGUGUUGAAUAAGCUGACUGCAUACACAGCUCUGAUGCAGGUCAACAGUGGCACGUUCGAAUCAUAUCUUCGGUACUGUCCUGACCCAUGCUUCCCUUGGUGAGAGACGCUGGCGGAAUCAAUGCUUCCUUUCGUCACCCUGCCUGAUCAGCUUCUGUUAACUGAGGAAAUCUUGGGUUAAUGUUAAAAAUUAAGAGGUGAUUUCCAGUAUGCGAAGCAGGAUUUUAUUUUUCAAGGUCACGGUAUUAUUAAUCUGAUGAAAAACCUAUAUACGAGUAUUUAGGAAUAAAACUGUGCUGCACAGCUGAUCAUGCUUGGUGAUAGCGAGAGAUGACUUGUGCUUUCCAUGGUGCGGGGAGAUGACAUUUUCUUUCUGAUAUUUGGGAAGAUAUGACGCUGUUCGAUACAUUCUAGAUUUUUGGACCAUAAACAACGAAUUAUUCUUUAUCCGGUUUACCAAUUGUUUGAAAUGAUUGUUUAUGCAACUUGUCAAGGGGGGGGGGCAACCUCAGUUACAUGGGUAGAGCAUCUUUGUACACCGAGUUUUUGAUGUGCGCCCUCCAGCGGGAACUAUAGUCUCGUAGUCUCAAAUACCCAGGCCCCCCCUUGUGCAUGCCAACUUUUUUUCUCCACCCCAUAUUGCAGGUGUACAUUAACAUAUACACCCCUUAUACUGGUCUUUACUUAUCUCCCACAACUUGAGUUUGGGAAAAUAUUGCUGCAGUUUGGUAUCUGAGUAGCAUGUAAUUGACAACCAAUAAGUUGCAUAUAUUUUUUAUCUUCUGACAAGUAUCUUUUGAAGUAUGCCCCUGGGCCUAUUGAGAGGCUUGACUAAGAUUGGGUCUAUUUGCCCUGUAUGGGUCUUGCUUUUGUGAUAGAAAAAAAGCCGAGAAUCUGGCAGGCCUUCCAGUUUGCCGAGCUGGCAUGGCCUGGGGAGGAAAGAUUUAUUUAAUAAAGUUGGAAGAAUUGUGUUGUUUGAGUCUUUCAACGAAAUAUCGUUGUAACGAAAUAUCGUUGUGUUCAUCUGGUUAUCAAGUCCUUAAAGCAUGAUUGGCAUCAGAUAUAGAGGAAAAUGUACCGUCGGUUUGUCCUAUGGAUAGUGAAGAAUUAGAAAAAUACACAUGGGUUGAUUUUAUGCGUGCACCACAGUGUUACCCACUGGUUAAGUCAGCUCCAAAUUUAGUGCAUAUAAUUUCACAUUGUCAAUGCUACCAGAAGGAGAUAGUUAAUUGGAGAAAAUGUACCAAUGAGCACACAUUUUGGUUGUUUUUCUUGUGAAGCAGCCAUUCUCCCAGGGCUCAAAGAGGCUGCUCGGUAAGUUGGAAGGCCUGAUAAGAUUCUCGGCAAUCUACAGAAAUGAUCCUCCAGGGAGUUUACAUGGGGAGUGAUUUCCCUGUUCAUGAUUACUGGUGGGCCAGGAAAAUGGAGAAUUAAUGCAGUUAUACUUACGGCCAUAGUGAAGUUAUUAUGCAUACGAAUUUGCUGAAACUUGGUAUUUAUAAUAUUCGUAUUUGUCUCCACACCGGCAAUGCUGAAAUUUAUAUCUAGUGCGGCGUAUUUAUACAGAUUCAAAGAAGUCGGUGGAACAUUUUCACCAAAGGCAUUUUUGGAGAGAAAAAAGAAAGAAAUGCAAUGUCUUUUUUAUUUUCCAGUUUGUGACGUGUAUCAUUCAACACUCUGUAGUGUUCAGAGGCAAAUACCACUUUAUGCCAUUAUAAGUAAACUCUAAAGUUUCUGCUGUAAUCGUCACUGUUUUUGUUGUGCAGAAUGUCUGCCCCCUUCUCCACAGAAGAUUGCAACAAAUAACGAAUUCAUACAAAAAAGAUAUUUAGUAACCAAUAUUGUUACUGAAAUGUAAUAAUCCUCUUUGGUCAGAAUUGCUUUACAACCGAUUCUUACGCAUUGAAUGAGUCAGUUCCUCGAUCAUACUGAAGUUGGGGUUCGUGUUGUUUGUACGGUGAAGCCUUGGGAGAACUAAUAAGCGGUUGGAGGGGUAAUUUUGGCAAAAAAAGUUCUGUUGAUCUACGUCGGAUGGCGCCGAAUGUGUUAAGGGGAAAACUUGAAAUUUGGCACUAUUAGUUCAAUAUGUAGCAUUUCUCCGGGAUUUUGUUCACGAGAUGCAUACUCCAGGCAUGCUACCGGCCCGAAAAUUCCUAAAAAUCCCUAAAUAUUUUUUUCUCCCUAAAAUGGAGACAUUUUUAGACAUUUUCCCUAAAUAUCCCUAAACUUCUCCUUUUUUCCGGUUAAAACGUCACUGGUUAUUGAAGGUCGCUAGCUUGGAAGUGGAGUGUGGAUCUUUCUUUGACCUGUCAAGUCACCUGCCACAACACUGGAAUCUUUUGGAAGUGUCUUCCAGCAGCUUAUGAAUGAUAGUCCAGGUCCAGUCCAGUUGAUCUUGAAGGUUCAGAUUCUGAAGACCACAGAGCCAAUUUCCAUGCAAGUGCCAGCAGACAACCAUUUCGUUAUUUGAUCUUACAUGUCUUAUGCUACAUGUAAGUAGCAGAGUAAGAAGCAAGAAAUGCGCAUAUACCAGAUGUAGGCCUACUUCAGUAACCCUAAAAAUCCCUAAUUUUCCCACGAAUGUUCCCUAAAAAUCCCUAAUGUUUUAAAGAAAAAUUCCUAAAUUUUGCCCUAAAAGUUGGCUAACGGUUGGUAGCAUGCCUGAUAUACUCAAAGCAGACCCUUCUCCAAAAACAGGAGCACUCACGUGGUCAUUAUCAAUCCAGAAGUGUAUGUGUGUGUGGGGUGGGGGGGGGGAGUGUCGUUUACCUUAUCUUAUGUAGCAAAAAAUCCCUUUCUUUAAAAGGAAAUUUGGUACAAUUAUAGUACCAGUACAAUUAUAGUCCUAACAAUGCAGAAAACAGCUGGCAGUUCACAUUCACAUGUAUGCACGUUGAGAUUUUAAUAUAUUGCACUGAUGGGGAGGUUUUAAUUGUACCACUUUACUUUACAGAAGGAAUUGCAAUUGUGAUAUUAUGCAUCUUCAGCUCAGUGUGAUUACUUGUACAUAUGGAAUACUUGUAAACGGUUAAAUGUCUAUCUAAAAAUCUGUAAAACUACCGGGUGUCCCUGGAAUAUUUACGGGUUAUUAAGCGAAUGUCAAACUUUGAUUUCUAUUCUUCAUUUCAAAAGUUGUGGUGAUUUACAGAACAAUAUCAUGAAACUUUAGAAUCUCUAAUUAUUAAUGUAAUCAUCAUAGAUUUGUAUAAAUUCGACUUCCACCUUUGUCUAAUUUGACAAAUCAGGAGCUACAUUAUGGCAAAGAACAUGGGAUACCCUGAAAGGAUUGUCUCAUUUUGACUACAUGUACAUGCACUUGUGAAUAUGCUCAAUUAUUUUGAAUAAAUUAUCUACAUAAUUAUA